ACGCAUUGGGUUGAAUUUUUCGGUGCGAAAAAAUUAACCCAGUGACACAUCUCCCCAUCCCAAAACACACCAUUUCAUCCCUACUUUACAACUUUCAGACCAUUCUUCUCUCUCUUUUCCUCAAUCUUUCUUCUUUGAUUUCCCAAAGAAAAUAAGAGAAUAUGGCAGCAGAGCUUUUUCUUACGUUUGCCAUGGAGGAGACUUUGACAAGGGUCAUUUCCAUAGCUGCUGAAGGGAUCAGACUUGCUUGGGGAUUGGAGGGACAGCUGCAAAAGCUCGAAGACUCCUUGAUCAUGAUCAAAGUUGUGCUCAAAGAUGCAGCCAGAAGGCCCGUAACAGACGAUUCUGCGAAGCUUUGGCUGGAGAAGCUACAAGAUGUAGCUUACGACGCUGAAGAUGUUCUCGACGAGUUUGCUUAUGAGAUUCUCCGAAAAGACCAAAAGAAGGGAAAGGUACGUGACUGCUUUUCACUGCACAACCCUGUUGCAUUCCGUCUGAAUAUGGGUCAGAAAGUUAAGGAGAUCAAUGGAUCACUGCAUGAUAUUCAGAAACUUGCAACUCGCUUUGGGCUGGGAAUUGCAUCUCAACAUGUAGAGAGUGCUCCUGAAGUUAUCCGGGAUAUAGACCGAGAGACAGAUUCCUUGCUUGAAAGCUCAGAAGUUGUAGUAGGAAGGGAGGAUGAUGUCUAUAAAGUUAUGAAAUUGCUGAUUGGCUCGAUCGGUCAACAAGUUCAGUCUGUUGUCCCUAUUGUUGGGAUGGCAGGUCUUGGAAAGACUACCAUAGCAAAGAAAGUUUGUCAAUUAGUAAGGGAGAAAAAACAUUUUGACGUGACUCUAUGGGUUUGUGUCUCUAAUGAUUUCAGUAAAAGGAGGAUAUUAGGAGAGAUGUUGCAAAAGAUUGAUAAAUCUACUGGUGGGUUGAGCAAUCUAGAUGCAAUUCUUGAAAAACUUCAGCAAGAGCUGGAAAAGAAAACACUUCUUCUUGUUCUUGAUGAUGUGUGGAAUGAAGACUAUGAUAAGUGGGCUGGUUUGAAGGAGGGACUGUUAAAAAUUAACAGCAGGAAUGGGAAUGCUGUUGUUGUUACAACCCGCAGUAAGAAAGUAGCAGACAUGAUGGAGACUUCUCCUGGGAUUCAGCACGAGCCAGGGAGACUAUCAGCUGAUCAAUGUUGGUCCAUUAUCAAGCAAAAGUUGAGCAGGGGUGGACGAGAAACAAUACCAUCAGACUUGGAGUCUAUUGGAAAAGAGAUUGCAAAGAAAUGUGGAGGGAUUCCAUUACUUGCUAAAGUUUUGGGAGGAACUCUUCACGGAAAGCAGACGCAUGAGUGGCAGUCAAUUCUACACAGUAGAAUUUGGGAUUCUCAGUAUGGAGAUAAAGCUUUGCGCAUAUUGAGACUCAGUUUUGAUUACUUGUCAUCGCCAACAUUGAAAAAAUGUUUUGCAUACUGUUCCAUUUUUCCUAAAGAUUUUAAAAUCGGAAGGGAAGAGCUAAUUCAACUUUGGAUGGCUGAAGGUUUUCUCAGGCCACCAAAUGGGAGGAUGGAAGACAAAGGCAACAAGUGUUUCAAUGACUUGCUUGCAAAUUCCUUUUUCCAAGAUGUUGAAAGGAAUGAGUGUGAGAUCGUAACAAGUUGCAAGAUGCAUGAUCUUGUGCAUGAUCUUGCAUUGCAGGUCUCAAAAUCAGAAGUGUUAAAUCUGGAGGAGGAUUCGGCUGUUGAAGGGGCAUCUCAUAUUCGUCAUCUAAAUCUCAUAUCUCGUGGGGAUGUUGAGGCAGCAUUUCCAGUGGGUGAUGGUAGAAAAUUGCGAACUGUUUUCUCAAUGGUUGAUGUAUUCAAUGGGUCUUGGAAAUUCAAAAGCUUGAGAACUCUCAAAUUGCAACGGUCUGAUAUCACAGAGUUGCCAGAUUCAAUUUGCAAGCUGAGACAUUUGAGAUAUCUUGAUGUCUCACGUACCAGAAUCAGAGAAUUGCCAGAAUCCAUUACCAAGCUCUACCAUUUGGAAACAUUAAGAUUCACUGAUUGCAAGUCACUAGAGAAGCUUCCCAAGAAAAUGAGAAAUUUAGUCAGCUUGAGACAUCUCCAUUUUGACGAUCCAAAGCUAGUGCCAGCUGAGGUGAGACUCUUAACACGCCUUCAAACUCUGCCUUUUUUUGUUCUGGGUCAAAAUCAUAUGGUUGAAGAGCUGGGAUGUUUGAAUGAACUAAGAGGAGAAUUGCAGAUAUCCAAGCUUGAGAAAGUGAGAGACAGAGAAGAAGCUGAGGAGGCAAAACUGCGAGAAAAAAGAAUGAACAAAUUGGUGUUUAAAUGGAGUGAUGAUGAAGUUAACAGUAGUGUCCGUAACGAGGAUGUGCUGGAAGGCCUGCAGCCUCACCCAGACAUAAGAAGCUUGACAAUUGGGGGUUAUGGAGGUGAAAAUUUCUCAUCAUGGAUAUUGCAACUCAAUAAUCUGACGGUGCUGAGAUUGAAUGGCUGCAGCAAGUUGAGGCAACUCCCAACACUUGGAUGUCUUCCUCGCCUUAAGAUUCUAUAUAUGAAUAGAAUGCCUAAUGUGAAAUGUAUAGGCAAGGAGUUCUAUAGUAGCGGCAGUGGCAGUGCAACAGUACUGUUUCCAGCACUAAAAGAACUCACUUUGAGGUAUAUGGAUGGUCUUGAAGAAUGGAUGGUACCAGGUGGAGAAGGUGAUCGAGUAUUUCCUUGUCUUGAAAAGUUGAGCAUUGCGAUGUGUGGCAAGUUGAGGCAACUCCCAACACUUGGAUGUCUUCCUCGCCUUAAGAUUCUAAAGAUGAGUGGAAUGCCUAAUGUGAAAUGUAUAGGCAAGGAGUUCUAUAGUAGCAGCAGUGGCAGUGCAGCAGUACUGUUUCCAGCACUAAAAGAACUCACUUUGGGGGAUAUGAAUGGUCUUGAAGAAUGGAUGGUACCAGGUGGAGAAGGUGAUCAAGUAUUUCCUUGUCUUGAAAAGUUGAGCAUUGAGAUGUGUGUCAAGUUGAGGCAACUCCCAACACUUAGAUGUCUUCCUCGCCUUAAGAUUCUAGAUAUGAGUAGAAUGCCUAAUGUGAAAUGUAUAGGCAAGGAGUUCUAUAGUAGCAGCAGUGGCAGUGAAGCAGUACUGUUUGCAGCACUGAAAGAACUCACUUUGAGGUAUAUGGACGGUGUUGAAGAAUGGAUGGUACCAGGUGGAGAAGGUGAUCGAGUAUUUCCUUGUCUUGAAGAGUUGAGCAUUGAGAUGUGUGGGAAGUUGAGGCAACUCCCAACACUUGGAUGUCUUCCUCGCCUUAAGAUUCUAGAUAUGAUUGGAAUGCCUAAUGUGAAAUGUAUAGGCAAGGAGUUCUAUAGUAGCAGCAGUGGCAGUGCAGCAGUACUGUUUCCAGCACUAAAAGGACUCAGUCUAUUUAGCAUGGGGGGUCUUGAAGAAUGGAUGGUACCAGGUGGAGAAGGUGAUCAAGUAUUUCCUUGUCUUGAAAAGUUGAGCAUUGAGUGGUGUGGAAAGUUGGAAAGCAUUCCGAUAUGUCGUCUUUCAUCUCUUGUAGAAUUUGGAAUUUACGUAUGUGAUGAACUGAGAUAUUUGUCUGGUGAGUUUCAUGGCUUCAAGUCUCUUCAGAUUUUAAGGAUACAGAGGUGUCCAAAGCUGGCAUCCAUUCCAAGCGUACAACACUGCACAGCUCUGGUGGAAUUGUGUAUAUUACUGUGCAGUGAGUCGAUCUCAAUUCCUAGUGAUUUUCGAGAAUUGAAAUAUUCUUUGAAGAGAUUGGAUAUUUGGGGAUGUAAAAUGGGAGCUCUUCCAAGCGGACUACAAUGUUGCGCAUCUCUAGAGGUAUUGGACAUAAUUAAUUGGAGUGAGCUUAUCCAUAUCAGUGAUUUACAAGAAUUGUCUUCGCUUCGAAGAUUAAAGAUUAGAGGUUGUGAUAAGCUCAUCAGUAUUGAUUGGCAUGGUUUACGACAAUUGCGUUCUCUUGUUGAAUUACAAAUCACCACGUGUCCCAGUUUGAGUGAUAUCCCAGAGGAUGAUUGGUUGGGCGGCUUCACCCAACUGAAGGAAUUGAGAAUAGGUGGUUUCUCAGAGGAGAUGGAGGCUUUUCCUGCAGGAGUUUUAAACUCAAUCCAACACCUCAACUUGAGUGGGUCCCUUACAAGACUAUGGAUAUAUGGAUGGGAUAAAUUGAAGAGUGUACCACACCAACUUCAACACCUCACUGCCCUCGAGGAAUUGGAUAUACGUAAUUUCAAUGGAGAGGAGUUUGAGGAAGCAUUGCCAGAAUGGUUGGGCAACCUUUCUUCUCUUCAAUCUCUUUAUAUUUAUGGUUGCAAGAAUCUCAAGUAUAUGCCAAGUUCAACAGCCAUUCAACGCCUCUCCAAAUUAAAGUAUUUGUCGAUUUUGAGGGGGGAAUGUCCACAUCUUAAAGAAAAUUGUAGAAAGGAGAAUGGCUCUGAGUGGCCCAAGAUUUCUCAUAUCCCAGCAAUCAUGAUAGAGGGCAGAUUUGUACAGUGGAACCCCCAAUACUGAAGGAAGUCAUGGAAUGGUUAUUCAAAGCUUUUGCAGAAUAGUGUUUGCCAGUCUGGAUGGUGGAUAAACGUGUGAAUUCACCAAGAUGGAAGAAUUUUUAUCUGAGCACAUAUGGAUGCGAAUUUUUAUCUGUAUGCAGUGCAACUUCUAUUAUUUUAUAUUAGAUCUUGUUUCUUAACAUUUAAGAAUUCUAUUUUUAUGAGUUUAUUCAUGCUGAUAAAUGUUUUUCAAAGCUGAAUUUUCCAAAUGUAGACUGGCCAUUGUUCUUGAUGGAUAGAUGGUUAUGCUGAUGUACUGCAAAUUCCUGAAGAUUUAUUCUACCUUCUGCCUUGUAAUUCUUCCUUC